UCAUAAUCCGUCUCUUGUUUCAGCUCAAUCCCAGUGUGAAUGCCUUCCAGCGAAAACACGUCAACGAGAUCAAAAAAUGUGAAGAGAUGGAGAGGAUCCUCGGAUACCUUCUGAGGGAAGUCAAGAAAGCAGAUAUUUCACUACCAGAAAGAGACGUGAACCCAGGGGCUCCUUUACCCAAGCAUGUCAUGGCUAUAAUGGAGCAGCUACAGAGGUUAGAAGUAGAGUUAGGUGAAGUCACCAGGAAUAAAGAGAAGCUCCAGAGGAACCUACUGGAGCUGACAGAGUACACACACAUGCUGCGCAUCACCCGCAACUUUGUACAGAGAACUGCUGAGCGAGAACCCCUACAAGUCCAAUAUGAGGAGUUUCCCUUCCUAGAAAAAGACACGAUGAUGGACUACAGCAGCAUGCAGAGGCUAGGAGCCAAGCUGGGUUUCAUUUCUGGACUUAUUCAGAGAACGAAGAUCGAGGCUUUUGAGCGUAUGCUCUGGAGAGUAUGUAAAGGCUACACCAUCCUCAGCUACGCCGAGGUCGAGGAGUAUCUGGACAGUCCUGAUACGGGUGAGCCUACCAAAAGUGUGGUGUUCUUGAUUUCUUACUGGGGAGACCAAAUUGGCCAGAAAGUGAAGAAGAUCUGUGACUGCUACCACUGCCACUUGUACCCCUAUCCCAGUAGCAACGAGGAGAGGAAUGAUGUUGUUGAAGGACUAAAAACUCGCAUUCAGGACCUGCACACAGUACUUUACAGGACGGAGGACUACCUGAGACAAGUCCUGAUCAAGGCUUCAGAAUCCGUCUACACCUGGGUCAUCCAGGUCAAGAAGAUGAAGGCUAUCUACUAUAUUCUGAACCUGUGUAGUUUUGAUGUUACUAACAAGUGUCUGAUCGCUGAGGUGUGGUGUCCUGUCAAUGAUAUUCCCACCCUGCGGAGAGCUCUGGAAGAAGGAUCGAGAAAAAGCGGAGCAACAGUUCCUUCCUUUGUCAAUCGUAUCCCCACCAACGACACUCCCCCCACCCUGAUAAGGACCAACAAAUUUACCUCUGGCUUCCAGAGCAUUGUGGAUGCCUAUGGCGUGGGAAGUUACAGAGAGGUUAACCCCGCUCCAUUUACAAUCAUUACUUUCCCGUUCCUGUUCGCUGUGAUGUUUGGAGACCUGGGUCAUGGAGUUAUCAUGGCUCUUUUUGCUUUCUGGAUGGUGCUCUAUGAGAACAACCGCAAACUUAAAAAAACAAGAAACGAGAUCUGGAACACAUUCUUUGAAGGGCGUUAUAUCAUCCUGAUGAUGGGCCUGUUCUCCAUCUACACUGGCCUGAUAUACAAUGACUGUUUCUCAAAGUCCCUUAACAUCUUUGGCUCUGGAUGGAGUGUAAAGGCCAUGUUCACCGCCGGGGUGUGGAAGAUGGAAGGUAUCCAUGGGAAUAAUUUUCUAACUCUGGAUCCAAAUGUUACAGGAGUUUUCACAGGGCCGUACCCUCUGGGCAUUGACCCGAUUUGGAACUUGGCGUCCAACCGGCUCACGUUCCUGAACUCCUAUAAAAUGAAGAUGUCAGUGAUACUGGGCAUCGUACACAUGAGCUUUGGGGUCGUCCUCAGCACUUAUAAUCACAUGCACUUUAGGAAGAAGUACAACGUGUACUUAGUAUUCCUCCCUGAGCUCCUGUUCCUGCUGUGUCUCUUUGGCUACCUGGUGUUCAUGAUAUUGUACAAGUGGCUGGUCUUCUCUGCUAAGGACUCCAGACAGGCCCCGAGCAUCCUCAUCCACUUCAUAAACAUGUUCCUCAUGCAGGGUGAUGCUGUGCAGCCCCUUUACCCAGGACAGAAUGGUCUGCAGGUAUUUCUGGUGGUCAUUGCUGUUCUCUCAGUGCCUGUCUUACUCUUGGGGAAACCCCUCUACCUUUACUGGCUUCACAAUGGAAGGCAUCGCCUUGGAAUGUACAGGGGAUAUGAGCGUGUGCGGCGCAACAGUGAAGAGGAGCUCUACCUGCUGAGGGCGCAUGACAUGGAAGAGGGCAGCAGUCACAGCGAUCUCUCCAGUAGUGGAGAGUGCCAGACAGAGGAGUUUGACUUUGCAGAUGAGCUCCUGCAUCAGGCCAUCCACACUAUAGAGUACUGCCUGGGUUGCGUGUCCAACACAGCGUCCUACCUGAGGCUCUGGGCCCUGAGCCUGGCACAUGCACAGUUAUCAGAGGUGCUGUGGGCGAUGGUGAUGCGAGUAGGACUAAAAAUGGACACCACCCUCGGAGUUUUAUUCCUGGUGCCCGUGUUUGGCCUGUUUGCUGUUCUCACUGUGUCUAUCCUCCUGGUUAUGGAGGGUCUGUCUGCAUUCCUUCAUGCCCUCCGGCUGCACUGGGUGGAGUUUCAGAAUAAAUUCUACAGUGGGAUGGGAGUCAAGUUUUGCCCCUUUGCUUUCUCUCUCCUGCCCUCCAGCGCUGAGCACGAAGGCUUACUGUGAAGAGACUAUCUGGUAAUUCUGUUAGAUGGUGAACGGAGCCAAAACAAACCAGCAGGGUUACAAAGAUUUAUUCCAGAGAUGUCAUGAGGUGAUUUUUGUUUUUUCUUUUCAGCUUUUAACAAUCUGUCAUGUAAAAGAAUUGUAUGGUGAGUUUCACAAACUUUGUACUGAAAUAGGCUGCCCUACCAACAGUUUGAAGAACACAAACAACACAGAGUGUGCUUUUGAGAAAUUACUUUUUUCUUAUUGCAGAUGUAUCAAAGGGUUAUUUUGUACCAGGAUGAACGAGCUUCACUGAAAAACAUUUUGUGAGGCUCAAAUCUUACUUCAUCCACCAAACUGAGAGUAAAUCAGGUACACAGUUUUAGGUUUUGGUCCUUUCAUGGGAUUUGCUGAUUAAAAAAAGAUGAAAUAACAUCAAACUUUUCUUCUUUGAAUGUUUAAGAAAAUGAUCUUUAUUUAUUUUUGGUUUUCUUCCAUUUCUUUCUUUCUGUAUCUGUUUUUUUUCUUCUCUCAAAAUUCUGGUGUAAUUGUGUAUUUUGAUACAGUUAUUCUGACAGAUCUGUUUUCCAUACACUGGGAAGUCAGCCACAUUUCAGUCACAUAGUUAUUGCUCAACUUGUUUGUUGCACUGACUGCCUUACAGAGUCCAACCAAAUGACAGCAUACUGUAUGAUUCCCUUGUAUAAACACUGCGAAGGAUCUUUGACUUUUCAGUAGAGAAAAGUGCUCGGGGGGCGGGGGGUGGGCAGGUGCGUGAUGAGAUGUAUAUACUUUUACAGAAUUAUUUUUUUAAUUUAUUAUAUUUUAAAAUGCAUCAGAAUUAAAGAUGAAUGGAAAACAUGAUUUUUACUGUUAUGCAGUCACAGUGUUGCCUACGCGUCUGACACUUUCAGUACAAUUUAACAUUCCAUGCGUCGAAAAAUCAUCCAUUUGUUUACUCAUUAAAGUGUCCCGAAUCCACAUUGAACACAGUGGUUCAACUGUAUUAAAACUUCAGGAGAAGAUUAAAUGAUGUAUUUAAAUCAGGCAUUCAUAGUAUUUUCGAAUUUUGUGGAUUUGUUAAUACUGUGUGGGAUUGGUAUUUUUUCUAAGGGAAGGAGUCUUAACUGUCGUCAUCAUCACGUUGUUGAGAUGUCUGCACUUUUUUGCUACAGUAACAUAUUGUCACACAUUUAUAAAAGUCAUGAUGACCUUGUCAAGUUUUAACAUUGGAACAAUGUGGAGUCGAAUCUUGUUGUUACAAGUGGCAGUCGCUGUGUUAUCGGGGGAGAGUGAUGUUUGAUUAUCAUUAACAUUUAACUGUUGUUUGGGUUGUUUGAAGGGAUGUUGUGGUUUCUUCUAAUGCAGCCAUUCAUUUUAAUAUUAAGAACUGUCUUUUGUUUUCAUUGACAGACACUCCAUGCUCUACUUCUUUUGAAAAAAAAAAAUCGUCUUUAUGUCAAUAAAAAAAUGUUGUUUUUUGGAGUUGUUUCCCUCUCAA